UAAUCAUCCCAGCAACAAAACAGUCCCUUUAUCGUUAAGACUGACUUUCGAAAGAAAAGCAAAGCCCUUCUAAAACCCUCAUCUUCACUCCACCACUUCCCAGGUACAGAAACGUCACCAAAAGUCACCAUGUAUUCAAUUCUUCAUUCUCUCCGGCGCCGUAUCCACCACCACCAACGCGAAUACCACCGCACCUUGGUCGACGUCGCAGCCAUCAAAUGGGUCGGAGACAGAGGCCUCGACCACGCUGUCGAGAGAGAGAAAGACCUCAGACCCAUGCUUCACCUGAAGAACCUCAUCAAAUCCGAACCUUCCAAGUCCCUCCCACUCUCCAUCAUCUCCCAAAACCGAGAAUCCCUCGGAAUCCCCACUCGCCCCAUCGAUUUCAUUCGCAAAUACCCCUCCGUCUUCGAAGAAUUCCAACCCGGCGGACUUGGAAUCCGCCCACAUGUCAAAUUGACUCCCGAAAUCCUCGGCCUGGAUUCCGAAGAACAGUUGAUUCACCAGAGCCACAGUUUCAAGCAAGAAUUGGCUGAUCGGCUUUUGAAGCUGUUGAUGUUAGCUCAAAUCAACAAAAUCCCAUUACACAUCAUUGAUUCUUUGAAAUGGGAUUUGGGUUUGCCCCAAGAUUAUAUUCAAACCCUAGUCCCUGAAUUUCCAGACUAUUUUCAGGUCAAUGGAGCCGGUGAUUCCAAUCAUUCCUCACUGGAAUUGGUGUGUUGGAGCAGUGAAUUGGCGGUUUCGGUGAUGGAGAAGAAGGCAAUGAAAACCGGGUACGAAAAGGGUAUGCCUAUUUCAUUCCCUUUGCAAUACUCUAGAGGUUUUGAGAUUGAUAAGAAAUUCAAGAAAUGGGUUGAUCAGUGGCAAAAGUUGCCUUACAUUUCUCCAUAUGAAAAUGCAUUGCAACCUUUUUCGGCCAAGAGUGAUGAGGCCGAUAAGUGGGCAGUUGGGGUGCUUCACGAGAUUCUCUGUCUUCUUGUUCCGAAGAAGACUGAUAGAGAAAAUGUACUUUGUCUUGGAGAGUACUUGGGGCUUCGAUCACGGUUUAAAAGGGCAUUGCUUCAUCAUCCGGGUAUAUUUUAUCGUUCGAGUAAGAUUGGAAUGCAUACUGUAGUUUUGAGGGAUGGUUAUAAAAGGAACUUGUUGAUUGAGAAUCAUACAUUGAUGGAUAUGAGGUAUAAGUAUAUUCAUCUUAUGCACUCAGUGAAGGAAGAUAAGAAACCAAAAAGUGUGCAAGGUGGGAGUACUCAACAACAAAAGCCAACCCAUGAUUCUAAAGGAGAAGUCCAAGAAGAUGAACAAGAUGGGGAGUUACAUGGGUUGUCGGAUUCUGAGAUUGACGAUGUUAGUGAAGAUGCCUAUGAUGAAGAGGAGGAUGAAGAUGAGAUUAAGAAAUUUUCCCGUGUGAAUGCUGGAGGUAACAGAGAUCCAACAAGGAGGAAUCCAGAAUUUAGGGCGAAAAGGUCUUUAAAAACGUCUGUUGGAAAUAGUUUUGAUAGAAGAUACCCCAACAACACUAGGAAAACGGAACCCACAGAAGUUUCUAGAAGAACAGUGAUGCAGGGUAGGGGUAGGUCUUGUGGGAGGUCACCAGGGAGAUCAGAAUUUUUGAGAAACAGAGGGAGGUCAAAUUUGGACUCAAGGACUUCUGCAUAGAAAUGAUACUGCUUUUUGUCUGAAGCAUACGUUGGAUAGUGACUUUCGCCAUCAAGCGUGAUCUCCAAUGACUGAAUUUUUUGAAUAGCUAUGAAAACGACAUGGCUGAACUGAUGAUAGAUGAGAAGGGAAGACAAGACGAACAAGUAGACGAAGCAAAUCAAAGGCUGCUGAUGAUAGGAUUAAUUGUUACUACGUUAGUUUCUUGCUGUAAGUUUUCAAUACCUUGGAUUUGAAUCCAUCGAAUGAAUCUGUUACUCUGUUUUUUCUUUCUUUAUUUCUUCCCAAGUUCAGUUUGUUAUUUGUGCUAUUUCUUUGUGAUAACCAAAAUUCGAAAGGUUAAAUUUGGGUGUAAUAUGUUUUGUGUUUGAAUUUGACGAGAAUAUUUAAUCAAUGGAUUGUUGGUUCUUUGCAUCA